UGUUUAAUCACUACUUGAUUGAUUUCAGUAAUGACUGACUUGGAGACAACAUUUCUACGUACUGCCAUCACUGAGGUCUUGCCUAACCUUCCAGAGGCAACAAAAGACAUUUUAGAAGAGACAUUGCAAUCCAUUGGAGUGGAGACAUAUGAUGAUUUUAAGUUUAUUGAGGAAUCUGAUUUGCUGACGGCAUUAAGGCCAAUCCAAGCUCGAAAAGUCCUUGCUGCUUGGAAGUUAAGAUGCCAGACACCAGAAACAAGCAGCUCACCACAACCUUCCACAGCCUUGCAUAGUUCACCUGCAAGUUCUCAAUCAUCCUCCACCAGCAUCUCCCAAAGCCCAGAUGUAGACUGGGUGGAUACGUUUCUGAUACCAUGGGAUAAAUUUCCUCAGGAACUAAUGCAAUUUUUGGAGAGAGGAAAACGACCAAGUCCACGAAUGAGAAGAGAGAUGGUCCGGAUUGUGGUAAACGAGAUGAUGCGAAAAUGUUCAUGCCCAAAUAAAAGGAAUUCUACUGAAGUUGCCAAAAAGAUGGUAGCAAAGUAUCCAGAGUCUCUCCUGGAUGUAAUAGAGGGGGAUGUGGUUGGGCCAGGGUACCAUUCUUUAGUGAAGCAAUUGCAGUAUAGGAUUGAAAAUGUGAAGCGAUCUACAACACCCAAAAUAAGAAAACGAAGACAUCAGACUGAUGACUCUGACACGGAUGAAAUUCCUCCAGAAAAGAGGGCAGCAAUUCAGGAUACAUAUGGAUGCAUUAACUGGCAUGUAAAAUUCCUGCCACUGGGAGAGACCUCUGAAAGCCAGGAGGAAAAGAAAGAGAAAAUGAAGAUAAUGUCUCGUCAAACUGAUGCAGAUGCAGAAGAAGUCAGACAUCUAAUGAAAUUGACUUUCUACACACAACGUAACCAAGUAAAUCAGGGCAAGAAUAUAAAAUGUCUCCUGGAGGAUUGGCCAUGGUGGUUUAAUGAGCUUGGCAUGGCAGUUCACUACAAGGAGCUUACCGGAAUUGGUCUUAAUGAAACUUUCACCCGGAAUCUGGACUUGAAGGGGAAACGACUCCUAAACUACUUCAGUACAGUUGGUGUGAACAAAAACAAAAAGUUCCUGCAGGACUUAACAAAGUUUAAAGUGAUGAGGGGAGAGCUAAGUGGUUGCUCUGAAGAUGUGAAAGAGAUGUUGAUGCUUUUGCUUUCCUACUUCAAUGAGAAGGAAGAUGCUAUGUUCUGUCAUGUGGAGGACACAUGCCUCGCAGAAGAGGUAGAGAUGGACAAAGUUAAUUUGACCCCAACACUUGUUGUGUGUGGCCAAUCCUGCUUUUCAUCGAAGCGUUUCAUGCUGUGUGUGGAUCGAACUGUUGUACAUGACAACAUCCCCUCCUUCAUUUCCGCCCUGUGCAUGAUGUUUGGGAGCUAUUAUUGCUUCAACAUCCAUUACCCAUCAGAGCUGGCAUCAACCUUGGAGUUUUUGCAGAGGUGUUUCUUCUCUAUCAACCCAGAGAAAGGCACUAAAGUGGAGAAGACAAACACAGCCCGUCUUCAUGUGAACCCAAGAGUUCUUACCUUGAUUCAGGAACUUUCCGAUCAUGAAUGGCGUGAUGUCUAAAUACGGACUGAAGUCAGUCAGGUUUGGACAUACAGUGAAUGCCAGUUUCUCAGGUUUGUUUGAUCUGCCAUGCUUAAUGUAUGUGUUAUUACACAACUGUUAGAGUUUUUAUUGCUCUAGUGUUUUCUGAAUUAAGUUAUUCCUGAAUUGUUGGUUUGUAUUGAAUAUUUGUUUAUAAAACAAUUGUUAAAUGUUCUUAACCCGAUUUAAGAGAAAAGUUGGUAGCACUUUAUAAUAACUACACACUAUGAACCAUUUAUUAAGCAUUAAUAAAUAUAAUGGAUUAAUUUACUGUUGAGCAUUAACUCUACAUUAAUAAACAUUAGUAGACAGUUUAUAACAAUGGCUAAAAAUGUUGUAUUCUUGACUUAAAAGCAUGUGUAAUGUGCUUAAUAACUGUAUUUUCAUAC